GUUUUUGCCAGUUCCUGAACCAGCCGUACUCACAGAGCCUUGGAGGAAAAUGGACUGUGGAAAAGAUGAAAUACUGCAUGAAGUGAAAGAAUUCAAGCCCAGCAUUGAGGCCCUCAGAAUUGUGUUGUAUGGACCGACUGGCGCUGGGAAAUCAUCCUUCAUCAACUCAGUCCAGAGGGUCCUCUUAGGCCGUCAUGCCAUGAGUGCUCUGGAAAACAACACAUGUACAGGAACAAGCUUCACAAAAAAAAUGAACAUACACAAGCUGAAGAAGGGCAGAGGUGUGCCUUAUCCUCUGGAGAUUGUUGACAUCAUGGGGCUUGAAUCAGCAGAAGGAGGAAUAAAAGAGGAAGACAUCAUCAAAGCAUUUGAGGGACACAUUUUAGAUGACUACACUUUUAAUCCUGUUGGAGCCAUAACUGAUGACAACCCAAAACACAAAAAGAACCCAACUCUGAGUGAUAAGGUUCACUGCCUGGUGUGCGUUCUGUCUGCGGAGUCAGUCUCAAGAAUGGAAGACAACGUUUUUGAAAAAAUGAAGAAAGUUAGAGAGAGUGCUAGCCUGCUGGGAAUCCCCCAAGUCAUUGUCAUGACCAGGGUGGAUAAAGCCUGUGAACUAGUUAGCCAGGAUUUAAAGAAAAUCUAUUACAGCAAGAAGAUCAAAGAGAAGGUGGAUGUGUGCAGUGUUAACGUGGGCAUCCCAUUAAACGCCAUCUACCCAGUGAAGAACUACUCCGAAUCGAUCACUCAGGACCUAGUUAUCGACAUGUUCAUCCUCACGGCAUUGAGAGAUAUUCUAAAUUUUGCCAAUGACUAUGUGGAACGUGAGUUGGAAAAAGAUGACUAGUAAUGAGGCACUCUGCUCAAACAAAUCAGCUUAAUUAUGUCACCAAUCAUUAAAUUUAACGAGUAAUUAGUCAGUGUCCCUUCGUAGGUAAUAGUAGUGUCUUUAGUGCUAAUGAAGGAUUAUUCAUUCUUUUCUGCACUGGCCCUACGUAGAUACUUAUAACUAUUAAAAAGGUAUUGUAAUCAGUUACUUCUUUGUUUCUUUUCUUUUGUGUUAUUUGUAUCUGUAAAAUCAUAUUUCUGUAAUAAUAUAAAUCUUGACAUG